AUGGCGACAUUUACAACAACCAAGGUGGAGGAUGCGCUUGUCACCAUGUGGAGCUACAUGGCAGUUGUGGGGGUCCCUGUCUUACAUCUGGGGCGGCUUGGGUUCGGGCUGUCCCUCCUCUUUUACGGCAUGGCCUUCCGGACCUUCGCGUUCCACGUCAUCGUCUUCCGCAUUGCUGGAAUGAAGCAGGUGCAAAGGGCAGUCAGGGAACUCGUUGGCAAAUACGCCAGCGCAAGGAGGUCCAUCCGCGAGGCAGCAGAAGCAGCCGAGACGGUGGGAGAACGAGUCGUCAAGGGCGAUGACCUUCAGGCGGCGCGCGAAAGGAUGAUCGAGGAGAAGAAGCGGCUGCUCUCGGACGGCUUCCUGAGCGAACGCGACACCACCUACUUCAUGAAGAAGUACAGGGCGGAGCUUUUGAAGAUCAAAGAAGAACAGGAGCUGUUCCAGUCCGCGAGGAGCUCGGUGUUGUCGCUACGGAGCUCGGUCGGCCCCAGGCAAGCUAGGUCCAGUUUCAACGGCGUCUACAAUGCGCUCAUCGCCUGCUUUACGGCUUCGACCAUCCAGACGGCGGGGCAAUUUACGCUUGGCCUUCACAUCGGCAACCUUCUCAAGACUCAUGUGCUGGACCUGUUCGGACCCAUCAUUGAUCCCAUCGGCUACCGCUUGGAUCUCAGCCCGUACUUCGAUGAGGAGGACAUCCCGUACAUGGGCAAGGCCAACGCGAUGGGCGGGCCGCGGAAUAUGGCUCUCAACAUCCUCUGCUACAGCGUCGUCUUUGCCGUCUUCCGAGUGCACCCUUCCGUGGCCCUCAAGCUCUCCAUGGUGUACUACGGUGGUCGCGUGGUGACGGACUACGUGGUCCUAUUCACCGAGCCAGCACGCAGGAAACUUGGGCAAAUGACGAUAGUGCACACGCCUUGGAGCGCUGUCAUCCACGCCGGACUGACGAUCUUGGGCUACUACUGCCACAGAAGCGCUUUGUACACGGCCGAAAUCCCGGGAUUGCACCCGCUGGCGGUGGGGCCAGGAGCCGUGGGGCUAGUGGAACCUGUCGUUCGGUUUGCCGUCAAGAUCAGCGAGAUCCUGAGCGACAUCGAGUUCUUCAGGUGCAAGUUCGUCCAGGACCCUGUGCAGAUGGUCAAACACAUGACUGGCCGUAGAAAGGUUUCGGUGGGCCCUGUGGAGUUUCUCAAAAACCUCCUUAGCCGGGGAGAGUAGUGCCGACCUGGCCGUACCUCCGUGCGUUCAAACGCCAGAAAUUCGUAGUAUUUGUUUUGUGCCAGCACGGGGGUUAUUGAUCUUGACCUUGUAAAGCAUCUCACCUCCGGAGAAGACCGUUGUCGUCGAGUGUUGAGGGACGCAUUUGGUGCGUCAACAUGGUCACGGAGACGUACAGUACAUGUAGCAUACAGCGCAGGGUUGGUUGUGUUGGACGCGAAUCAGCGUUGGUCUUUUGUAAUUACUUGUAGAUGAGGUGACUGCCACAUAUUGAUGCCGCGAAUUGGCGUCAAGGGAAGUGGUUCCCGCCCAUGCGAUUUAACCUUCGAGGCAGAAAUGUAGAGAAAAACCGAAUGGUUCUAGAAUGUCAUUCACUCACUAUUUGUCUUUGUAUUCAUGUUUUUGGCGGGUACUAGGGGGGUGCAUGGUAUGAUGGAAGGACUAUACUUGACGAGAAUCACGACUGUCGGACCAUGACGGUUUUCUACAUACAAAGAGCAGCGCCCGGAGUCGCCCAGGCCUACUUGGAGAGACAUGUCUUCUCGUCUUGGUGUCCCUCAUCUCCAAAGUAGAGACGAGAAGCUAGAGAGAGCGGACAUGUCAUAGAGAGGAGCGCGACGUGGCGUGUGGGGGAAAGGCUGCAGACUGGAAAAGAAACACGCUCCAGGCAAGACAAGUCCUUCAAUUGGGUGUAGCGGUGCGCUGAGAUGAAUGAGAUUUGCGGCGAUUCGCACCGGCUGAGAGAACUCCAUCGAGCAAGCCGUGUCUGCCGUGUAGAGGAGUUCGAAAUCGAUAGAGUGCCUCAAAAGUCUCUCAUUUUGUACGUGUAUGCGUUUUCUAUCGCGGCCACACCACUUGUGAGUCCAAGAAAUAUUAAUACUUUUAGGGCGCUGUCAACUUGGAUCGUGUUUCCGGAGAAUAGGCUGUUCGUGGUUGCUGAUGUGGCUUGAAAGGGACGGCGUGAAGAGGCUGCUCCGUGGGUGGGAAUCUUAAUCUUGGUGGGUUCAACGAAAGGAGCUUAAACUGCCCGUUAUUUUUUUCGGGGAUGGAAUGGCGGGCAAUUUUUAGGGUACUGUACUUGCCCCGAG